AUAACGGUACAAGGUGCAUUCUGAUAGUAUAAAGAAGGGAUCACGGGGAGUCACACAAGUUCCCAGUAUGUCUUAACCCCCACCCCCCAAAAGGAAAGAAAAGCAGGGGAAGCCUGGGGCUGCGGGAGGGCUCAGAGCGACUGACUGCUCGGGACGCAAACACUGGGAGUCAUUCUGCCACGGGGAGGGGCGGGCAGGGGCAGGCGCGGGCCUCCUUCACAAAGUCCUCCUCUUUGCUCCCUCCCACUUCAUUCACUUGCAAAUCAGUGUGUGCCCACAGGAGCCAGCUCUCCCGAGCCGUAACCUUCCCAUCCCGAGAGCUGCAAUUUCAGCCGCGGUGACGAGAACAGCGGAGCCAGCGGCGACAGGAGCAGCCUAGCGGGUCGCGGGGGCCGCCAGGCGCUGGCAGGCGAGCGGAGAUAUCCUCUGAGAGCCAAGCAGAGAACAUUAAGGAAGGAGGAAGGAAUGAAGCUGGAAACAGUGCAGUGAGCAGAGCCACUUGAAGGGGAGGGGAACUGCGAACUAGAGACUCCGGAGCCGUCAGCAUGAGAACUUACCGGUAUUUCUUGCUGCUCUUUUGGGUGGGUCAGCCCUACCCAACUUUCUCAGCUCCAUUAUCUAAGAGGACUAGUGGUUUCCCGGCAAAGAAAAGGGCCCUGGAGCUCUCAGGAAACAGCAAAAAUGAGCUGAACCGUUCAAAAAGGAGUUGGAUGUGGAACCAAUUCUUUCUCCUGGAGGAAUACACGGGAUCGGAUUAUCAGUAUGUGGGCAAGUUACAUUCAGACCAGGAUAGAGGAGAUGGAUCACUUAAAUAUAUCCUUUCAGGAGAUGGAGCAGGAGAUCUCUUCAUUAUCAAUGAAAACACAGGCGACAUACAAGCCACUAAGAGGUUGGACAGGGAGAAAAAACCUGUUUACAUCCUUCGAGCUCAAGCUGUUAACAGAAGGACAGGGAAACCUAUAGAGCCCGAGUCUGAAUUCGUCAUCAAGAUCCAUGACAUCAACGACAAUGAACCAAUAUUCACUGAGGAGGUUUAUACAGCUACUGUUCCUGAAAUGUCUGAUGUCGGCACAUUUGUUGUCCAAGUCACUGCAACUGAUGCUGAUGAUCCAACGUACGGGAACAGUGCUAAAGUUGUCUAUAGUAUCCUACAGGGACAACCCUAUUUUUCAGUUGAAUCAGAAACAGGUAUCAUCAAGACAGCUUUGCACAACAUGGAUCGAGAAAACAGAGAGCAGUACCAAGUGGUGAUUCAAGCCAAGGACAUGGGCGGCCAGAUGGGGGGACUAUCGGGGACCACCACAGUGAAUAUCACGCUGACCGACGUCAAUGACAACCCUCCCCGAUUCCCUCAGAGUACAUAUCAAUUUAAAACUGCUGAAUCUUCUCCACCGGGUACACCAAUUGGCAGGAUCAAAGCCAGCGAUGCUGAUGUAGGAGAAAAUGCCAAAAUUGUGUACAGUAUCACAGAUGGUGAGGGGCUGGAUAUGUUUGAUGUCAUCACUGACCAGGAAACCCAGGAAGGGAUUAUAACUGUCAAAAAGCUCUUGGACUUUGAAAAGAAGAAAGUAUACACCCUCAAAGUAGAAGCCUCCAAUCCCCGCGUAGAAGCCCAAUUUCAAUACCUGGGUCCAUUCAAAGAUUCAGCCAUGGUGAGAAUCGUAGUGGAGGAUGUCGAUGAGCCGCCUGUCUUCAGCAAAGUAGCCUACAUCCUACAGAUAAGAGAAGAUGCUCAGAUAAACACAACCAUAGGCUCGGUCACAGCUCAAGAUCCAGAUGCCCCCAGGAAUCCCAUCAAGUACUCUGUAGACCGACACACAGAUAUGGACAGAAUAUUCAACAUUGAUUCUGGAAAUGGUUCGAUUUUUACAUCGAAACUUCUUGACCGGGAAACACUGCUGUGGCACAACAUUACAGUGAUAGCGACAGAGAUUAAUAAUCCAAAGCAAAGUAGCCGAGUACCUCUAUAUAUUAAAGUUCUAGAUGUCAAUGACAACGCCCCAGAAUUUGCUGAGUUCUAUGAAACCUUUGUCUGUGAAAAAGCAAAGGCAGAUCAGUUAAUCCAGACCCUACGAGCUGUUGACAAGGACGACCCUUACAGUGGACACCAAUUUUCCUUCUCUUUGUCCCCUGAAGCAACCAGUAGCUCAAACUUUACCAUUCAUGACAACAGAGACAACACUGCGGGAAUCUUAACUCGGAAAAAUGGCUACAAUAGACAUGAGAUGAGCACCUAUCUCCUGCCUGUGGUCAUUUCAGACAAUGACUACCCAGUUCAAAGCAGCACUGGGACAGUGACUGUCCGGGUCUGUGCAUGUGACCACCACGGGAACAUGCAGUCCUGCCAUGCGGAGGCCCUCAUCCACCCCACGGGACUGAGCACAGGGGCUCUGGUGGCCAUCCUCCUGUGCAUCGUGAUCCUACUAGUGACAGUGGUGCUAUUUGCAGCUCUGAGGCGGCAGCGGAAGAAAGAGCCCUUGAUCAUUUCCAAAGAGGACAUCAGAGAUAACAUUGUCAGUUACAACGAUGAAGGUGGUGGAGAAGAAGACACCCAGGCCUUUGAUAUCGGCACCCUGAGGAACCCUGAAGCCAUAGAGGACAACAAAUUACGAAGGGACAUUGUGCCUGAAGCUCUUUUUCUACCCCGUCGGACUCCAACAGCUCGAGACAACACCGAUGUAAGAGAUUUCAUUAACCAAAGGUUAAAGGAAAAUGACACGGACCCCACAGCCCCGCCGUAUGACUCCUUGGCCACCUAUGCCUACGAAGGCACCGGUUCGGUGGCCGAUUCCCUGAGCUCUCUGGAGUCUGUGACCACGGAUGGAGAUCAAGACUAUGAUUACCUUAGUGACUGGGGCCCUCGAUUCAAAAAGCUGGCAGAUAUGUAUGGAGGGGUGGACAGCGACAAAGACUCCUAAUCGGUUGCCUUUUUCAUUUUCCAAUAUGACACUGAAAUAUGUGAAGUGGCUAUUUCUUUCUAUUUAUCCACUAUUCCGUGAAGGGUUCUCAUACCUGUUCCAAAAGCCAAUGGCUGCAGUCCGUGUGGAUCCAAUAUUAGAGACUUUUUUCUAGUACACUUUUAUGAGCUUCCGAGAGGCAAAUUUUUAUUUUUUAGUGCAUCCAAUUAACCAAGUCAGCUCAGUAGGCAGGCACUGGAGGAGUGGACAGGGAGCUGUAUUUUCACUUUUUCUCCGAGGCCGGGUUUGGAACAUGCUGGUUACCACUGGCCUGGCGCUUUACUACACUCCAUUGCCUCGGGUCAGCUGACUGCCCUAACUGUACAUUUCACAUGCUGAUGAGAUAAAGGAUUCUGCUUUAAUGACAAAGACAUAGUUUUAGUUUAAAAAAAAAAAAAAGGAACAACUGGAGAGUCGUUCCUGUUAUAUCAGCUCACAAGGAGAUAAUAAUAAACUACGUAAGGAUUGCGAGGGUGUGUAUUUCUGUCACAAAGAAUUUUAAAUGGCAUUCAGCCGGUCUUGUUUGUGCUCUGAAUACUUUAUCUGGCAGCAGCUACUCAAAGCAUCAAAUCCACAGAUGCUUUCAGAUCCUUUUUCUCUUAAAGAAUAGAAGCAUAUUAAAUUGUAACAUUCAAAGAUAACAAUAACAAAAAACUUAAGACGUCGUUCCUUGCCACUAGGGCAAAAUGUGUUACAUAUAGGGCAUGCAAAAGAUUGCCUUUGCACCAUAUCAAGGGAAAGAGAAAAUGGCUAAUAACGUAUACAAAGGAAAUACUUAUCAUAUUUUAAAGUUUUGGCCACCAGAUGUAUCACAGAUCUCUUGAAAUUCUUUCAACAACCAGCAGGCUAAUGACCAAUCAUCUAGUUGUUUAAAAGUUCCUGAAGGAUAUUUUUCUGGGACAAAUGUUAAUUCCUUGUAUGUAGUUGUCAGUAUUAUUCUACUAUACCUGAAAGUAGCAGAGUGAAGUACGAUAAUUCUUAUUCCUCAGAAACUGCUUACACAAUUAACUUGACUUAGUAAGAAUAGAUUAAAUUAAGCUCAAAUCCUACUCUUGGAGUUCAAGGAAGAUUGCAGUGCCAGCCACAUUGGAACCUAAUGCUGUGCCCCUCACAUCCUGAACAUCUACAUGCACAUACAACAUAAUAGAUAGAGAUGAACACUGAAAUCACACUAGAAACAUAUGUAUUCCAUGAUUGGAAGGUGGAUACAAAGACACAACUAGGAUCCCCUUCAACACAAGUGUUCAAGAUUGUAAUUAAAAGGAUAGUUGACCUUCAAAAGUAUUAAUAUUCUCCAUUGUUUAUAACUUUGCUUCCAUGGCAAAAGGAUGGCAAGCCUACCAUCCUUGUCUUUGAACUAAUGAUAGGUAAUGGUCUCAAACUAUGACAGAAAAGAAAUGUAAAAUCCAUCCAAUCCAUUAUUUCUCUAAUUAUGCAUUUAGCACUGUAGUCAGUUAUUAUCCAGGGGACCCAACUGAACUGAACUAAUCCUUCUGGCAGGUUCAAAUCAUUUACUACAUAUGGCUAUUCUAAUGGCUUUUAUCAUUAGAAUCUUACAUUGUCCAGUCACCAGAAAUUUCCGAAGUACUGUAAUGAAAACAUUCUUGUUUGAAAAGUUUAAAAAUAGGCUCUAUGUAUAUAUAUAAUAUAUGCUUAAGAAUAUGUUGACUUCACUUAUUAAUCUUAGGGAUUUAUUUUCAGUCAAUGUUUAUUUUCUAGAGAUAAUCUCAGUGCCAUUUCCAUUUGGGGAUAACAUCAUCUCAGCACAUAUUUUCUGUUUGGAAACACACUAUUGUUUAGUUAAGUUUUAAAUGGGCAUAUUAACCAGGACAUAAAGGUAGCACCUUUAAAACAAGAGAAAUGUAGAAUUUGAGUUAGAGUAAAAAUUUUUACAACUGUAUUAUUCCUUGUGUUCCCUGAAUGAUUUCCUAUAUAUUGUAAUGAGCUGUCCUGUAUACUAACAACCAUUUUAUGUUUCAUUCUUGGGCUAUUUCCAACUUUUAGAAUGUUCUUUUACUAGUUCUUCAUACACACACAUGUAAACAAACACACACAUGGAGGAAUGUAAAGAAAAUAUACGAGAGGGCUUCACAUCAAGGAAUAAGUAUGUAUUAUAGUCACAAGUAAUGUUUUAAGAGAUAGCUUAGUAAAAUCAAUAAGAACUAGAUAUUUAUAGCAAUAGAAUGGCACCUUAAUCACAAAAUUUAUGGUAAAAUUAAAGAGUGUUCUAUCUUUACAUUUCAUGUCAUAUAACAAGUUGGGCCAAGAAAGGUAGUCCCAUAAAAAGACAAGUAUUAUCAAAAGUCAUACCUCUGAACUUUUGGUGUUAAUUGGAAUUUCUGAGGGUUAACACCAGCAAUUUCCAAUGUUUCAGGGUAAAGUUGACUUUUUCCUUCUAAGUGAAAGUAAGCAGUUCUACAGUGUAACGUUUGAGGUGUAAGUGCCUGGAUAUUUUAUCCCACCUUAACAAUGGCAUAUGGUGUCAAGAACAGGUUGAUACAACUAUUGAAUAAUUGGUUAACUUCUUACCACGAAAGCUAUGCUAAAGUAAAUUUAUAGAAAAUUGGAUACUUCAAGCCUGGAGCUGAAUAUUGAGUGCUAUCUUCCUGUAAGUAUCAAGUUAGCAGAGUUUCUUUCUGUAAGACUUCAUGACAUCAUGCAAACAUUAAAAGCCAACAGUUCCAUCAUUCUUCUGCUCAUCCUCACUUCUUUCCCACCAAAUAUUAGCUUUAUCACUACUCCAAGUGCAGGUUUUCUAAAGUCUUAGGUCCUGGGUCACCAUAAGAAAAUUAGUUUUAAGUUCAAUUUUCACAUUGUCUGUGUCUUGAUUUUAGAUAUUGAUGAGGAGAAGGUUGAAGCAGAGUGGGAAGAAGUAAAAUUUUAAUAUAUGUUUUUAAUUAUAGAAAUGAAAAAUUUAUUAAACAAAAGUAAGUUGCUUUUGUGUACAAGAUCAUUUCAAGGACAUUGAAGUCUUUCUGACAUUUUUUUUAUUUUUGCCCUCUAUUCCAGGGGAAGUAUUUCAUUAAACCACUAAGAUAUACCCUAGAAUAAGCUAAAACUUUAAAAACAUUAACCCAUUACACCUAAGUUUAAAGCCCUUUCAUUUUGUGCCCACUCUCUACUGAAAAUAUUUGCCUCUAAAUAAGUAAAUAAAUGAAAUAGGAAAGAAGCAAAGAUAGUUUCAUAAAAUCAUAAAAGUGGAAGUCUGGGCACAGUAAAUACAUAUUUCUUUUGGAAUUUCCCCGGUUUUAUAGUCUGGGUACAUAAAGGAAGGUUCAGCUACAAAAUUACUCCAUUUUUAGAUGGAACAAAACUGGUGAUUCAAUUUAACUCAGUAUAAAAAUAUGUGGCUUAGUUUUCAUUUUCAGCUCCUAAAAAGUUGUGCAAGAAGUUCUUAAAAAUUGAAUUCAUAUCUUAGAAGCAUCCAAAUUUUGUGGAUCCAAAAUAACUUUGUAAUGUUUCUAUUACCCUACUUCUAAGUACAUAAAUCUUAGAUGUCCUGAAUUGUUAAACAAUAUCUUACUUCAAAUGCUUUGCCCUGAAAUGGGUAUUUCCUUUGGGAUAAUGAUAUAUAACUACCAAUUAGACAUUCUGAGAUUCUGUACAUUGUAGCACCAUAAAAAUAUGCAGCUGAAAGGAAAGAAUGAGGUUGAUUUCUGGGUACUAACUAAAUUUUUAAAUCAGAUACUUACCCUUAUCAACAAAAUUCAUUUUCCCUAGGAACAGAGCCAUCAAAUAAAACUCUUUUAUCCUAGUCCCUAGUUUUAAAGUGGUAUAAUUACUUUGGAAGAACAGUCUAAAAAGUCAUGAUCCCCACAUUUUUUGAAAGAUAUUCUCUGAAAAGGAUCAUUUUAGUGUAAUUUUAAUUUUUAUGUUUUAUCUAGAUGAAAUCUUUUUUGAAAUAUGACAUUGUGACAAAGGACUCAAAACCCAAGCAGUCUGCUGUGUUUAAAUUAGCACUGCAACCUAACCUUCUUCAUCAGAUUGUAAGAAAAGAAAGAUUAACACUUGGCAUGUGAAUCUUGAGGAAGAUGAACUAUUCCCUAAGCUUUGACAAACAGCUUUCCUUUCCAGAGAAUACAAUUACAAUACAGUCUCCUUAAAAGUUCAGUGGCUAUUACAGUUGCAGCAUUUUAAAUCUCCCUUUGGCAUCUUUAUAGAAUAAUUUUCUAAAGGGAUAAUUCUCUACUACAAAUACCAGACCCCAACCACAUUUAAUGCAGAACACAAUACCCUCUUAGAAAGCAAAUACAUUGACUCACACACUUGUUAAAAGUUAAUAAAGAAAUAGUUCAUUUUUAAAGCCAGAAGUUUAUGGUCUCUGCAUCAUCAAUUUAAUUUAAGCAUUGCUGAGACAAUCUGUAAUCUACUCCUUAUUUUGUAAUACCUUAUUUAUGAUGCAUUUUCAUUUUUUAAUUUGGGGGGGAAUGUGAGCCCAACAGAGCCAGCAGAUGAAAGUGCAGAAAGGAGGUCAAAUGGAAACAAAGGCUAUUACCCACUGUAUUUCAGACAGUACAGAGGCACUUAGCUGAAGAGCCACUGGGUUAUUAGAUUAAUUUCAAAAGAGCUUUUACAAGUUGCUUAAUUCCAUUUUUUUAAAAACCUAUGGGCCACAAACUCAAAUUUCUCCUCAAAUGGGGUUAAUUUGACAAAUGAAGCAUGGACCCAGCAUUGCGGAAAAAGCAUUCCACUAUAAUGAGAUCUUGGUCUUUCUUGUGAGACUAUGCUAUUUAUGUAAAUAUAUCUGGAGGCACCUUCUACAAGCUUUUAGUUUUCCAUGAUCUAUUAGUUUACUCUUUGUUAAAGAAUCAAAUGUAUAGAAUUACUAGACAUUCAGGGGGAAUGCUGUAUAGCAACUGUAAAAUGGAUCUGCUCAGAAAAAACACAAGGACACUUCAAACCCACUGUACUGUUCUGUUGGUGAUUAUUUUCAUGGCAUUGAGAGUAAACUACAUCAAAAUAGGCCUUAUAAUAAAUCCAAUGUCCAUCUUUAGUAAUACCAAGCUAAGGCAAUUUGGCACUCUCCUACUGUGAUUUGUGAUUUUAAACCAAGAAAAUAAAAGCGUUUUGGUAUCGAUUGUAUUUAAUUAAAAAUACUUCCAAGUAUAAAUUGAAACUGUUGCCACCCUUGAAGUUUCACUAGUUGGAGCGCUCUGCUCAUGUUGUUUUUCGCAGUAUCAUUCAUGUCUUCAGCAACAAGAAUACCUGAGGGAAACAAUCCCUGCUGAGCUUCCCUCCGCAUUUCUGGUUAUGGAGAUUUUCUUAACUUCACAGUUUACCUGGGAAAGUUUUCUGUAUUAAAAGAAUGGGAUUGAAACAAUUACCUUGUAGCUCAGUGUGGCCAGGCCUUUUGUUGUAGUCAAGUGGCAAAUAUGCACUCCUUGAAAUGGCUUAGUUUAUUUUGUUUUGUUUUCUCAGACUUAUAAAUUUGAAAAGAAUGCAAUUUAAAAAAUGAUUUCUCACAAAGAGUAAAUAUGCCUUUUGCAAAUCAAUUUUUGUAACAAGUUAUUUAUAUGAUAUUACUUAAUAAACUGGGUUUUUUUCUAACUUGUUUUUUUCAAUUCGCUCAGAUAAUUGUUUGUAAUGUAGACUUUUUAAUGUACCUGCUGACAUACUUUAUCUUUCUGAAUCUGCUAUUUUAACCUCUCUGCAACUAAAACUGACUUGUUAUACAAUAAUUAACUUGUAAAUAAUCGUUUCUCCCCACCAGCAAUAUAUAACAUUGAUAUUUCCCUACACACUUUAUACUGCUGGGACAUCUAGAAUUCUAUUGUUGUUUAUGAUGUUGCUGUAUUAAGAAGGAAGCUGUUUAUCCUCAUGGUAAUUGCUUUAGAUUAUAAAAAAGAGAGAGUUCUAUAUUUAUGCCUCUCUAAAAUCUCCAUCCUUUAUUUCAUUCCCAUAAAAACAAUUGUCUGUGGAUUUCUGAUUUUAAGAAAGAAAAGCAAGAGCCAGAUCAGAGGAAACUAAGAAUAAUUCCUUCCAACGGUAUGAUACUUUGAGUAAAUAAAAUGCUUUAACACAUUCAGAACUAUAA